CCAACGCCCGCCUACAACGACCAUGCCCAGGCUCAGCAGCAGCAACUGCAGCACGUUUCAGUAGCUUCUGCCACAGUUUGCGCUUCGGCGCCGCCGCCAACUGCAUUCUGUAAACUUUGGCUGCAGCAACAACAGGAACAACAGCAGCAGCAACAGCAGCAACAAUUGCAGCAACAGCAACAGCUCUUCGAGCAGCAACAAGCUUGGCUAUAAGCAACAGCAAAAACAACAACAACAACAACGGCAACAACACGUGUAAGUGCAAAGUUAAAUGAAAACUACAUGCGGGUGCUCGCACAAAAGUAUGCUAUGGAAAACAAAAAGAGGCAACUGCAACAGCAACCAGCAGCAGGAACAGCAGUAACAACAGCAACCAACAUCAACAACAAUAAACAACAUUUAAAAGCCGUUGGGCCAAAAGUUGUGCAAAACUUUCGACUCGACAACAACUCGUUGCGGGCUUUGUCGUUGCAAAUUAAAUGUACAUUUUGCCAACAUGUAAA